CUCCAUUCAAACACAUCCAACCUCCGCGGGAGGAGAACCGAAGCCGAAGUGAAGACAGCAGCCGGCAGAGAAGCAGCGUUUUAGCGAGAGGGAAAGAGCAGUUCCGUCUGUGCAGCGUAGCUUAUCUCUCAGCAGCUCCUCCUCUCUUACCCGCGCAAGGUGACCACGAAGUGCUCGUAGCAGCAGGGACACGCAGAUAUGGCGAGUGCCUCCUACCACAUCUCCAACCUGCUGGAGAAAAUGACGUCCAGCGACAAGGACUUCAGGUUUAUGGCCACUAAUGAUUUGAUGUCAGAGUUGCAGAAAGAUUCCAUCAAGCUGGAUGAUGACAGUGAGCGGAAGGUGGUGAAGAUGAUUCUCAAACUGUUGGAAGACAAGAACGGAGAAGUACAGAACCUGGCUGUUAAAUGCCUGGGCCCUCUGGUGAGCAAGGUGAAGGAGUAUCAGGUGGAGACAAUAGUAGACACUCUGUGUACCAACAUGCUGUCAGACAAGGAACAGCUCCGAGACAUUUCCUCUAUUGGCCUCAAGACAGUGAUAGGAGAACUGCCACCUGCCUCUAGUGGCUCUGCUCUGGCAGCUAGUGUGUGUAAGAAGAUAACAGGUCGUCUGACGAGCGCCAUCGCCAAACAGGAGGACGUCUCUGUCCAGUUGGAGGCUCUGGACAUAAUGGCUGACAUGCUCUGCAGACAGGGCGGUCUCCUGGUAAAUUUCCAUCCAUCCAUUCUGAGCUGUCUGCUUCCUCAGCUCACCUCCCCCAGACUGGCAGUAAGAAAGAGGACCAUCAUGGCGCUGGGACACCUGGUGAUGUCAUGUGGGAAUCUGGUUUUUAUCGACCUGAUUGAACAUCUGCUGGCUGAACUAGGACGCAAUGAAAACAUGUCGACUACCAGGACCUAUAUCCAGUGUACUGCCGCCAUCAGUAGACAGGCCGGACACCGGAUUGGGGAGUAUUUAGAGAAGAUCAUCCCUUUGGUGGUGAAGUUUUGUAAUGUAGAUGAUGAUGAACUUCGAGAAUACUGUAUCCAGGCCUUUGAGUCCUUCGUUAGGAGGUGUCCGAAGGAGGUGUACCCCCAUGUUCCCACAGUGAUCUCGCUCUGUCUGCGUUACCUGACUUACGACCCCAACUAUAACUAUGACGAUGAGGAUGAGGAUGACAACGCCAUGGACGCAGAGCAGAACGAUGAAGAUUACCAAGGCAGUGAUGAUGAAUAUAGUGAUGAUGAUGAUAUGAGCUGGAAGGUGCGGCGAGCGGCUGCUAAGUGUUUGGAUGCUGUGGUUUCCAGUCGUCAUGAGAUGUUACCAGAGUUCUAUCGCUCUGUUUCUCCUGCGCUCGUCUCUCGCUUCAAGGAGCGGGAGGAGAAUGUGAAGGCUGAUGUGUUUCAUGCGUACCUAUCCCUGCUGAAGCAGACCAGACCGGCUCAGAGUUGGCUGACUGACCCUGAUGCUAUGGAGCAAGGAGAGACCCCUCUGACCAUGCUGCAGAGCCAGGUUCCUAUGAUAGUCAAGGCUCUCCAUAAGCAGCUGAAAGAGAAGAGCGUUAAAACCAGACAGUGUUGUUUCAACAUGCUGACUGAACUGGUUACUGUUCUGCCAGGAGCGCUGAGCCAGCACAUCCCUGUACUAGUACCAGGUAUAAUCUUCUCUCUAAAUGACAAGUCCAGCAGUUCCAAUCUGAAAAUCGAUGCCUUGGCUUGUCUCUAUGUGGUGCUGUGCAGCCACCCAGCCCAUGCCUUCCACCCACAUAUCUCUGCUCUUGUACCGCCUGUGGUGGCCUGUGUUGGAGACCCCUUCUACAAAAUCACAUCUGAAGCCCUGCUGGUCACACAGCAGCUGGUCAAGGUCAUCCGACCUCUUGACAGCCAAUCAGAGGGCUCAGAGAGUUUUGACCCCUCCCCCUACAUCAACGAUGUGUUUAGCUGUACAAUCAGACGUCUCAAAGCUGCUGACAUCGAUCAGGAAGUCAAAGAACGAGCCAUUUCCUGUAUGGGCCAGAUCAUCUGUAAUCUAGGUGACCAUCUCCCCUCAGAGCUCCGUGGAACCCUGUUGAUCUUUCUAGAGCGUCUGAAGAAUGAGAUCACAAGGCUGACCACUGUAAAAGCAUUGACACUGAUAGCGGGCUCUCCGCUGAACAUUGACCUAAGGCCCGUUCUCCCUGAUGCCGUUCCCAUUCUUGCCUCCUUCCUCCGCAAGAACCAGCGGGCACUGAAACUCAGUACCCUGGCUGCUCUGGAUAUUCUGCUUAGAAACUACAGUUCAGCAGUGACUCCAGCGAUGGUGGAUGCCGUGUUAGCAGAGCUUCCUCCUCUGAUCUCAGAGAGCGACAUGCAUGUUUCCCAGAUGGCUCUGAGCUUUCUCUCCACGCUAGCCCACACACACCCCUCCUCACUGGGCCAGCUGAGUGGCGGGGCCAUCCUAACACAGCUCAUCACGCUGGUCCGAUCCCCACUCCUGCAGGGAGGAGCCCUCGCAGCCAUGCUCGACUUCUACCAGGCGUUGGUAGCCACAGACACUCCUGGUCUUGGUUAUAUGGACUUGCUGCGGAUGCUGACGGGACCAGUGUAUGCCCAGAUUUCUGCGUUAGCUCAUAAACAGGCCUACUGCUCCAUCGCAAAAUGUGUGGCUGCCCUUACGACCGCCUGUCCCAGAGAGGGCCUUGCAGUCGUCGGACAGUUCAUCCAGGAUGUGAAAAACAGUCGCUCAACUGACUCCAUCAGACUGCUCGCUCUGCUCUCAUUGGGUGAGGUGGGGCAUCAUGUAGACCUCAGCAGCCAACCGGAACUCAAGACGGUCAUCUUGGAUGCAUUCUCUUCUACCAGCGAAGAGGUCAAGUCUGCAGCCUCCUAUGCUUUAGGGAGUAUCGCUGUAGGGAACCUCCCAGAGUAUCUCCCCUUCGUGCUGCAAGAGAUCUCGUCUCAGCCCAAACGCCAGUACCUCCUCCUGCACUCCCUCAAAGAGAUCAUAGGAUCAGCCUCAGUAUCAGGACUGAAGCCCUACGUGGAGUCUGUGUGGUCUCUCUUGUUGAAGCACUGCGAGUGUCAGGAGGAAGGAACCAGGAAUGUGGUGGCUGAGUGUCUGGGAAAACUCACCCUGAUCGACCCCGAGACCCUGCUGCCCCGGCUCAAAGGAUACCUGCUCUCUGGCUCGUCCUAUGCCAGGAGCUCCGUGGUCACAGCCGUGAAGUUCACCAUCUCAGACCAACCGCAGUCUAUCGACCCUCUGCUGAAGAACUGUAUAGGUGACUUCCUGAAGACUCUUGAGGACCCAGACUUGAAUGUGCGUCGUGUUGCCUUGGUAACCUUCAACUCAGCAGCCCAUAAUAAGCCCAGUUUGAUCCGAGAGCUGCUGGACUCAGUUCUACCGCAUCUUUACAACGAGACCAAAGUCCGAAAGGAACUAAUCAGAGAGGUUGAAAUGGGACCAUUUAAACACACAGUAGAUGAUGGCUUGGACCUGAGGAAGGCAGCGUUUGAGUGUAUGUACACUCUGCUGGACAGCUGUCUGGACCGGUUGGACAUCUUUACCUUCCUAAACCACGUAGAGGACGGACUUAAAGAUCACUACGACAUUAAGAUGCUGACCUUCUUGAUGCUGGCCAGACUGUCCUCUCUAUGUCCCAGUGCUGUCCUGCAGAGACUGGACAGGCUGGUAGAACCCCUGAGGGCCACCUGUACUACCAAGGUGAAGGCCAACUCGGUGAAGCAGGAGUUUGAGAAGCAGGAUGAGCUGAAGCGUUCUGCAAUGCGGGCAGUGGUGGCGCUGUUGACAAUUCCAGAGGCGGAGAAAUCUCCUCUGAUGUCAGAGUUCCAGUCCCAGAUCUCCUCCAAUCAGGAGCUGGCGGCCAUCUUUGAUUCCAUCCAGAGGGACUCCAGUUCAGCCAACAUGGAGUCUAUGGACACUAGUUAAGGAGACGACAGUUCCCAUGAUGCAACACGGCACCACUGCUGCUGGAGUGCUACCCUGCAGCAUGUAUCCAUGACAACAGGAUGUGUGCGCGUGCGUGCACGCACACACACACACACAUAAACACACACACACACACACACACACACACACCCGCACACACACCCGCACACACACCCGCACACACACAAACCCAUGGUUUUUGACAUGUCUAGUUCUCACACAACCUCUCCUAGUGACCGAUCGUUCCCAUGAUGCAUUGCACUGAGUCAGCAGUUAGAGGAGAAGAGACUUUUUGUUUUUCUUGCGAAGCCAGCUGAUUGGCUGAUCUUCCUGGUCAUCUUCCUUCCUUUUUUAUUCUUUUGGGCUUUUGUUCUUGUUUUCUAAUUCCACAGAGUUCCACAGGUAUUGUAACCUGGUUGGGUGUUGCUGAGUGACUGACAGUUGGCAUGAAAUCAAACUGACCAAUGGCGAAUGGCCUGGCUGAGCUCUGGCAACCAGUUGGAGAAGGCCUUGCUCUGUUGAACUGGCGCUGUCAACCAUUAGGAUACAAAGGGUCAUGUGAUGGGCAGGGUUUUACUGUUUGUGGACCAAUCAGCUCCUUUGUUCCUUGGGACCAGCUUCAGUAGUCCCUCCCUCACGCCAUUACUUCCUGUCCCUUCGUUCCCUUUCCUAAGAGAAGGAAGGAGAGGAGUCUCUGACCAGACCAGACUAAAUGAUACCAGACCGGACUAAAUAAUAAUGGCUCAAACUAAAAGAUACCAGACCAGAAUGAAUUAUACCAGGAUCCUGUCCUUGGAUCUGCCACAUAAUACCUAUGAACUUGUACCAAACCUCUCCCCUUUUCUUGUAGUUUUCUUUUAUAAGCUUCUAAUCAGGCCAGAUCUCUUUUAGUGUCGCUAUGGGAAUAUGGUUUGAUAAUAUGGCUAUGUUCUGAAUUGCCUACAUUACCCAUGAUGCUCAGCCCAGUGGAGGUGUGGUCAUGAGACAAAGGUUUUGACACAUUCCACUGAGUCCGCUGGCCAGUCGAGAGGCCAAACAUCUGAUCUGAUCUGUUCUGGUCUGGUUUUGGUCUGGUUUUGGUCAGAUUGAUCCACUGUUGUUUAUUGCUCAGUUAAUAAAGAGGUCCAUUUCUG